AUGAUAACCAACAUCUACAUCAUCAUCACAGCCAUGUCGGUCAUAGGCGGAACGCUAUUUGGCUUUGACUUGUCUUCGAUGUCAGCCAUAAUAGCAACCAACCAAUACAAGUCCUACUUCAACCAGGGACCACAUGGAUAUCCAUUCAGUGAUGCCCCCCAAUGCUCGGAUCCUCGAUCAUUGAUACAGGGUGAUAUGACAGCAUCCUGGGUCAUUGGAAGUGUCAUUUCCUGUGCGGCACAAAACUUCCCUAUGCUGGUUGUUGGCCGAUUCAUCAAUGGUAUUUGUGUUGGAAUCUGCUCUGCGCAGGUACCAGUCUAUGUCGCCGAGUUGGCACUAGCCCAUAAAGGAGGUCUUGUCGUCGGCGCGCCGCAAUGGGCCAUUACCUGGGCCAUCUUGAUUACGUUUUACAUCUCAUAUGGGUGUUCAUUUCUGGAAGGCACGGCGUCAUUCAGGGCUCCUUGGGCUUUGCAGACGAUUCCGGUUAUUUUUUUCUUCUUUGGAAUAUUCUGGAUGCCUGAGUCCCCGCGAUGGCUCGCGAAACAGGACCGCUGGGAUAAAUGUCAGAAAAUUCUGAUGCUCAUCCAUGCCGAUAAUAAUCCUGAUGAUGACCUGGUCCGAAUGGAGCUUCAACGGUUGAGAGAAGCAUGUGACAUGGACCGCAUCCAGUCUAAUGUUUCUUUCACUGAGUUGGUAAAGCCGCCAAUGCUUUGGAGGUUCCACAUUGGAGUUUUCGUGCAGAUCUGGUCUCAAUUGACCUGCAUCAAUGUCAUUAUGUAUUACAUCACAUUUGUGUUUGGCAUGGCGGGGCUAAGUGGUAAUAAUAAUUUGGUCGCAUCUUCUAUCAACUAUGUCAUCAAUGUUUUCGUUACAAUUCCUGCUCUACUAUAUUUGGACAAAGUCGGCCGACGACCCAUUCUACUGAUGGGCAGUAUUUCACUCACGGUAUGGUGGUUUCUUUGUGCUGGACUCAUGGGAGGCUACGGCUCCUCGGCACCUCCAGGCGGAUUAAAUCACAUCGCAGAGGAAAGUUGGUCGAUAACCGGCACCCCCGCGAAAGUGGUAAUCGCAUGUUCCUAUUUGGUGGUAGCUUCUUUUGCACCUAGUUGGGGACCGGUGUCUUGGGUAUAUUCACCAGAGCUGUUCCGCCUACGCCUUUGA